GGCCAAUGGCACUGCCGGGGCGGGGCCGGGCCGGGCCAGGCCGGGAUGGCGCGGACCAAGGCGGCGCAGGGCGGCCGCGUCUUUCGCAAGGUGUUGGUCGCCCGCGCUCCCCGGAAGGCGCUGGGCUCCAGCAGCAUCAGCGCGGGGCCGCCGCUGCCCAGCAGGAGAGGUGACAGGCGCCCUGUGGGGCUGAACCGGGUCUGUGUGAGGCCGGUGCCCACCUGGCAAAGGGGCAUCAGCGACUUCCUGAAGCUCCCACCCAAGGACGACGGGGCACCUGACCGAGACACGCCCGGCACCAGCGGCCUGGAAGCUCGGCCCCUGCCACUGGAUCCUGCUGAAGAUGGAGAGUGCUUGGAGGAAGAGUAGAUGUGAUCUGACCUCAAUUUUCAUGUUAAAAUGCUUUUCCUACUGGAGCUGGGUUUUGUACAUUUCUAUAGUUUUUUUACAAUUUUUUUAUGGCUUUCUUUCAGCUUUUGUACAAGACUAAAAGUCUGAGAGACAGCAUGAACACUGGAGAAAUUAAUUACCUUUUACUAUUUGGCACUUAAUGUUCAGUGUAAAGCACUGGUUUAAUGUUUGCUUGAGUUCUUUCUGCAUGUUGGGCAGCUUUUGUCUUUCAUCUUCUGACUGCCUUGUGCUCAUCCAAGAUUUGCAUGAUCGCAGUUGUUCUGUUUCUCAGAAGCAGAUCCUCUUUUUUUUUAAUAAACUGAGGCCUUCUGACCACAAA